UACUUUUUGAAAGCAGCAGUAUAAUCGAAGAACAUCAGUCCCAGCAUCUUGCAAAUCGCCACAUAAUUGCGCAAUGGCGCGCACCCGCUCCAAGCCCAAGGCCGCAGCCACGAAAGAAACGACCCCAGAACCGCCGCAGUCCACGGCGAAGCCGCUCCCGCCGUCUACGAGCAACCCGCCAAAAGUGUUCGUCCUUCCCAGACACACGUCGCAUGAGUCACGCAUUGUCACACUAAACAAUCCUGCGAAUGGAGCGCCCUCGCGAUACUACUUCUGCCCCAGCAAAGGCUUCUACGAGUUCACGCGCAUUGCGGCGCCAAAGAAGGACUGCAAGAGCUGGCUGAUCACACCCGAGAAGACAUCAGACAAUGUAGCGAAAGAGCAAGAGGCGCAGGCGGAGACUACGACAGAUAAUGCAGACACAGAGGCAGGCCUAGGCGGUGGCUAUCUCACCAACAAAGCCGACAUGUUCCUCGCGACACCAAUCGACCUCUUGUUCCUGAUCUUGCCUGCGCUGGCACCGAAGGCCGGCGCUAAACAAGGCGACAAGCAGUACUUUCUCUCCUUCGAAGACCAUCUCGAUAACCUCGCCUCACUAUCACGGCAGUGGAAAGUGCUGCUCUCACAACACCCGAGCCUGAAAGACAGGGUCGAGCAACGAAUGGCUGCAGUGUGCGACACAGUGACCGCCGGCGACGAGACCAUGUACCGCCUAUCCACCGACAAACUUACGAGAGUGCUCACCCGGAAGGCGGAGCGCAUGUGCACCCAAGGCCUUCCGCCUUCCAUGGAGGAACGCUUCGUCAAGACAGCGCUUGAAGUCCCCGUCAUGAACGUCCUACGCUCAGACACUUUCACAACCACGUCCGCUCUAGCAGACUCUUCCGCUACCAUAACGGUCGAAUCCCACACCACCGCGACUUCCUUCACAUCCACUACCGACGACCUCGUCGCCAAACCCGCCAUACAUACUCCACCGGAAGUCCCCCACCUCCUCCGCCUCCGCACAUCCCUCACCUACCUCUCUUCAUCCUACCUCCCUCCCACCCUCCAUCCCCUGAUCACAUCGUCCCGAACCCCGGACUUCAGCUCGUUAGACACACACCUCGCCGCGCUUACCAAACUGCGCGCAGAAGCCCUCGCACUACGCUCUAUUUCCGACAACAUCAGCCGGAAGCGCGGGUAUGACGAAGACGAGGGCGCGGCAAUGGAAAGAGAGGAGAAGAAGAGGAAGAAAGAGGAGGAAGAGAAGAAGAAGAAGAGCGAGAGUAGGGGGGUGAAGCAGUUGAAGAAGGUAGACACGAGUGGUAUGAAAAAGUUGAGUAGUUUUUUUGCGAAGAAGGCGAAGUGA